AUGGAUCAGUUCAAGAAGGUAUCUGAGCUGGGCAGGGACCAGUCAGGAGACUUUCUGAUAACAACAUGGUCUACUCUAGGCAGCAAUGAGCAUGUGUUUGCGUGCUGGUUGCUUUUUGACGAAAGCAAACUGAAAAAGCUAAGUGAAGAUAGUUUAACUAAACAGCCUGAAGAAGUCUUCGAUGUUCUGGAGAAACUUGGUGAAGGGUCUUAUGGUAGUGUAUUUAAAGCAAUACACAAAGAGUCUGGACAAGUUGUAGCAAUUAAACAGGUUCCUGUGGAGUCAGAUCUUCAAGAAAUAAUUAAAGAAAUCUCUAUAAUGCAACAAUGUGACAGUCCCUAUGUUGUCAAGUACUAUGGCAGCUAUUUUAAGAACACAGAUCUGUGGAUUGUUUUUGGAUAUUUUGGGGCCGGUUCAAAGGAACGGGUGAUAAUAGUUAUUGGCACCUUCCAUCAUGAAAGUACCACCAUAAAUGUAACCUUAGUUGCCCUUUUUCAGGGCCAACUAACGGAAGAUGAAAUUGCAACUAUUCUGAAAUCUACUCUUAAAGGACUUGAAUACUUGCACUUUAUGAGAAAAAUACAUCGAGAUAUAAAGGCUGGAAACAUCCUUCUUAAUACUGAGGGCCAUGCAAAAUUAGCUGAUUUUGGUGUGGCUGGCCAGUUAACGGAUACAAUGGCAAAACGUAAUACUGUUAUAGGAACUCCGUUUUGGAUGGCUCCUGAAGUAAUACAAGAGAUUGGCUAUAAUUGUGUGGCAGACAUCUGGUCCCUUGGUAUCACUUCAAUAGAAAUGGCUGAAGGAAAGCCACCAUAUGCUGAUAUACAUCCAAUGAGGGCUAUUUUUAUGAUUCCUACAAAUCCCCCUCCAACCUUCCGGAAGCCAGAGCUCUGGUCUGAUGAAUUCACAGAUUUUGUGAAGAAAUGCUUAGUGAAAAAUCCUGAACAAAGAGCUACAGCAACACAGCUGCUGCAGCAUACAUUUAUUAAGAAUGCCAAGCCAGUUUCAAUUUUAAGAGACCUGAUCACUGAAGCUAUGGAGAUAAAGGCAAAGCGACAUGAGGAACAGCAGAGAGAACUGGAAGAGGAGGAAGAAAAUUCGGAUGAAGAUGAGCUGGAUUCUCACACGAUGGUGAAGACCAGUUCGGAGAGUGCUGGUACAAUGAGGGCCACAAGCACGAUGAGUGAAGGUGCUCAGACAAUGAUUGAACACAACAGUACUAUGUUAGAAUCGGACUUGGGGACCAUGGUAAUAAAUAGUGAUGAUGAUGAAGAGGAAGAUGGGACCAUGAAAAGAAAUGCUACUUCACCGCAAGUUCAGAGACCUUCUUUCAUGGACUACUUUGAUAAACAAGAUUCCAAGAAUAAAAGCCCUGAAAACUGUAAUCAGAACAUGCAUGAACCAUACCACAUAUCCAAAAACGUUUUCCCUGAUAACUGGAAGGUCCCUCAAGAUGGAGACUUUGAUUUCUUAAAGAAUCUGAGUUUAGAAGAAUUGCAGAUGCGAUUAAAGGCUUUGGACCCUAUGAUGGAACGUGAAAUUGAGGAGCUUCGCCAGAGGUACACUGCAAAGAGGCAACCUAUCCUAGAUGCGAUGGAUGCAAAGAAGCGGAGGCAACAAAAUUUCUGAGUUUGUUUUACUUUCAGAGAUGAUACUAUGAGUCAGUGGGGACACUGGUAACUUUGUAAGUCUGAAGGAAUUAGGUUAUGAGAGUUUUCAAAACCCAAUCAUUUGAAUUUUCCUUCACAAGCAAUGACAAUUGGAGCAGUGAAAGAACAUACAUAUGGUGUUCUGCAAAGGCAGCAAAACACUUUGCCACUUGUUUAUAUUUUCAAGUGUUUAACGUAAUAGAAGUUUAAUCUGUUACUACCCAGCCUUUUUCAGGUGUAUAGUGGUAACUUGGUGUUGUACAUUAGGAGUUGUAUUUUGGAGCACCUGGAACAAUUUCUUGAUUGUGCAACACUACAGAGCCUUAUGUUGCAAUAUAUUUUCCUCCCACUUAGUAACAUAUUUAUUAUGUAAUCUUUGGUUAUCCUAUUUAUUUUAUGCCUGUUUUCUUUUUUCUUGGGAAGUACUAG